CUAAUCAAAAUGUUGCAUAUUUGAGACAUAUUUAACAGCAAUAAAUAUGUACAUCGUUACCUUCCAGCUUGUCAGAUACAUAUGUACAAAUACGUUUUAUACUUGAUAACACAAAUUACAACGUCAGACGUAAAGUGAAAUCCUAACAGGCACUUACUUGUCCAUGUAUCUCAAAGAAGAGAUAGCAAAACUCACUUAAAUAUUUAUACAAACUUAUAUUAUUCUGGCUUCCGUUAUGAUUAAAAUGCAGGUAUUUCAUUUAGUGCCUUUCAUUUUUUUCGCGUGUUUUGGACUCUUUAAUUCAGUGGAUGCACAACAAUCGCCCGAAUUUUAUAACUACACCAUUACCAAAACCUGGAACAAUCAAACAUCCCCUGAAAACGCUAUGAUUUCCCUCUCGUUCUCGCUCGAACGUGACCCAGAAGGCCACCGUAGUUUAAAAAUUCACGUCCAAGCCCCAUUUUUCAACGAUCCAGUGGGUCCUACCAAUGCAACAGACGAGCCGUUUUAUGGUCUUUGGGACUUCGAAGUCGUCGAGGCAUUUUUUCUCGGCGAUAAUGACGAGUAUCUAGAAAUUGAGCUAGCACCAUCCUCCCACUACGUCCUCCUCUAUCUCAAUGGGUACCGAAAUGACACCGAAAUGUAUCUCCCACUUCGUCACUUUACAGCAAAAAUUGACAAUUCAACUACUCCUCCCAUCUGGACGGGCGAAGCUUUCAUCCCAGCAAAUUACUUCCCUUGUAACGUCACAAAAUUUAAUGCAUACGCGAUCCACAAGUCAGAUCCUAACAGGAGAUACAUGUCGCUGUUUCCUGUCGCUGAGGAAACUCCUAAUCCAGAUUUCCACUACCUUCCUGCAUUUGAAUCCGCUCCCUUCCUCUCCCAGAUUGUUAAUCCACUUUGUCAAACAUACCAGCACAAUGUCAAAACCACAUGGGAUGGAAAACCGUCUCCAGACAUGGCUGAAAUUUUCAUAUCUUUCUUCCUUCAGGAGGAAACACUUGAACAAAAUAGAUCGGUCCUCAUGGAAAUCAAUGCGCCAUUCUUUGAGGACCCGGCUGCCCCCGACGCCGGAACGCAAGAGCCAUUUCCAGGUUUAUGGGAGUAUGAAGUCGUCGAGGCGUUUUUCCUCGGGAACAAUGAUGAGUAUUUGGAAGUGGAAUUUGCACCAAGUGGUCACUAUUUGCUGCUCUACUUGGCAGGAUACAGAAAUGAUACGGGAAGAUAUUUACCCAUAAGAAACUACAUUUCUAAAGUUGUCAAUUCAACCGGAGAUUCGACAGGACUAAAACGGAGAUGGAUUGGAGAGGUAAAAAUCCCUGCCGAGUACUUUCCAUGCAAUGUUUCCAGGAUGAAUGCAUAUGCAAUCCAUAAAUCGGGUACAAACCGCAGCUACAUGUCUCUGUUCCCAGUGGAGGAGGGAGAGCUGGAAGGACCUGAUUUUCAUUAUUUGGAUGGGUUUGGAAGUUUUAAUUUGGGAGAGGAAGUGAAUUUGAUUUGUACCAGUACGCCACCGCCGUCGUCAACUCCAACGCCACCGUCAACUCCAACGCCAACGCCACCGUCAACUCCAACGCCAACUUCAACGUCACCGCCACCGUCAACUCCAACGCCAACUUCAACGCCACCGUCAACAACUACGUCAAUGUCACCGUCAUCAGUCGUCAGGAUUUUUGAUCAAUCAUUUCUGAUUUGCAUGGGGUUUUUGUUUAGAAUUUUGACUAUGGUGUGAUGUUCAUUUAUGCAUUAUGCAAUUUCUGUACAUUUAUCUUAAUGUAUAUUUAUAAUAUUGUGUGUGGAUGCAUGCAUUGUUUAAAAUUCUUGAAACGUUGCUAUUCUUUAUCGCGGUGAAUUCUGACCAAUAAAUAAAAAAGUACCAAAUGAA